AUGGUAUUUUUGAGUUUAGCCACAGUAACGACAGCACAGGUACAUGAUUUAAAUUUUUUCUAUUAAAAAUAUUUUAAAGACUAGCUGACCUAUAAAAUUUUUUAAUUUUGUCAUUUUUAAAUAUGAGUCGACAUACUUGAAAAUGAAAUUUAGAAAUAUAAAAAAGGCUGUCAUUCAUUAAUUAUAUAAGUGUUGAUAUCACCAUUUUCAGAGUAACAAAUACAAACGGUUACCACCGUGGCGAUUUGCUGGUGGAGAUAACAUGGCAGAUGUAAGCGUUUUUAUUUUUUUGGCUAUAAAUUGAUGAAAAAGAUCUUACUACAUUUAGUAUUCUUGUAGUUCUGAUCUUGUUUUAUACCAAUACUGCAACGCAAAAGUUUUGGGACACGUGGUCUUUUGCGUGGUAGUAUAUUUUUAUGGCCAAGUAAACCUAUUUGAGUUUUCUGAACAUUUUAUAACGAAUUGUUUCAGUUUUUCAUGGCAAAACGAUCACAACAACCACAAUUAGGAAGCAUGCAGUAUAUGGAUAGCAGGCCUGUCUAUGAAGCUCCAGUACCUGAGGUAUGUUAGACUUGAAAAGAUUUAAACUGUUAUACAUUAGUUACCUUCGCACAUCCUACCUUACUCUGAUCUACUCUGUUUUUUCAUGUCAUACCCUGUCUUAUUAUUUUCUGUCUUAACCUGAUGCGCCUCACGCUUUUAUAAUCCAGCCUAAUAUACUCAUUCUUACCUUAUCCUCUUUAGCCCGGCUCUGCGUUACUCUAUUCUAAUUUACUUUACUUUAAUCUGCCCUCCCCUACUGGUAACUAGUACCACAGAUUAUUAAAAAUGUCAUUUCAGUUCCAACAACCUAACUUGAUACCCAAUUUCGUCGUUCUACGACCGUUCCGCAACAUGGAAGACAUGAGGCGAAUGCAACAACGACUACAGUUUCCUUACUUUUACAUGAAUCUCUAA